CAGUUCACGGUUAUUGGCCCGAACCUACUCGACUGCACCCUCUGCUCCUGUCGGGUUGCUUGAUGACCUUAGCUACCGUGGCUUUGUUCAAGACGUUACGACUCCACAAGCUCUCCACGAUGCACUACAAGCCAAACCUCGAGUGGUGUAUGCUGGCAUAGACCCGACUGCCCCCGCGCUACAUGCCGGCCAUCUCCUGCCUUUCAUGUGUCUCUUUCACUUUCAUUUGCACGGACAUCAUAUCAUUCCUCUGAUUGGAGGCGCUACGGCCCUGGUGGGCGACCCAUCCGGACGAGCAACAGAACGUGAACCAGCGGAAGAAGAGAAGACCCGCUCUAGUGCAGAGUCCCUCACAGCUGCCGUCUCACACUUCUUCGCGCGGGCUCUAGAAUACGCCCAAUCGCGUAUCGUUUUGAAACCAAACCGGUUCAUCGAGAUACGGCCUAAGAACAACGCUAAAUGGCACCGAGAAAUGACGAUGAUGGACUUCUUGCGUGAUGUGGGAGUGCAUGCGCGGGUGAACACCAUGCUAAAUAAGGAGAGCAGGCAUCGCUCUCAUUCAGCGUAUCACCGCGCAGAAUGCGCCGCUAAACAGAUACCUAAAGGCCCUCCCCCGCCCAUCGCGUUUGGUCUGACCACGCCCCUGCUCACGACCGCUGCUGGCGUCAAAUUCGGCAAAAGCGCAGGGAAUGCCGUGUGGCUCGAUCCCGAAUUGACCAGUAUCUUCAAUUUCUAUCAAUACUUUGUCCGGACAGCAGACACAGAAGUGGAAAAGUAUCUCAAACUGCUGACACUCAUGUCAUGGCAGGACAUCAAUGAUACCAUGGAGGCUCACAAACUCCAACCGGAACAACGCAUCGCACAGCGACGGCUCGCCUCGGAACUGAACUGAGCUGGUCCAUACGAAGGCCGGAUUGCUACGCCGAACUCUGACGAGACUGACUUUCGACUCGGAUCUCCGGCGUAUCUGCUUCUCAAGUCGUGAAUGCUCUGGAAGGCUCGGGCAUCCAAGU